GAGCUCCGAGGACAUGAAGAGCGCCUUCUACCAGGCCCUACAUCUGAUGCAGCAGUUGUAUCAGGAGUGUAAUCUGGUUCAUGCUGAUCUCAGCGAAUACAACAUGCUGUGGCACAAAGGAAAGGUGUGGUUGAUUGACGUGAGUCAGUCCAUCGAGCCCACCCAUCCUCACGCCUUGGAGUUCCUCUUCAGAGACUGCAGGAACGUUUCCACGUUCUUCCAGAAGAGAGGAGUGAUGGAGGCUAUGAGUGCGUACGAGCUUUUCAACGCUGUGAGCGGACUGAAUAUCCCCAUUGGUGAAGAGGAUGAGGCCGAGUUUAUGGCUGAGAUUGUGGCGUUGGAGAAGAGGAACGAGGACCACGUGCAGCGCCGUGGAAAGAAAAGCUUCCCGGUAGCCUCCCGAGACGGUGACCCUCCUUUAAUACCCGACGCCGAUGACUAACGCCCGCCCGGCGCGCUCUCUCUUCACGAUCCCACCGUGUUGAAAAUGCUGUAAAAAAAAUAAAAAUAAAGGAGGAGACGAAUAACGGAGGAGGAGGAGCCCUGGAGGACCCGGCACCUCACUCCCCCCUCCUCUCCAACCAUCCAACCAUCCAAUCACCUGCCUCCUUUAAACAGGCUGGACGGAGCGCCUCCUCCUGGCUGCAGGAGGGAGGAGAGUCCUGAGAGGCACCAUGAGGGUUUCCUCGAGUCCUCUUGCUAAUAUCGGCCCACACGGUAUCCAUUACCGUGUGUGUUUUUGUAAGAAGAAAUCGCAGUAAAAACGGGCAAAAGCUUCUCGCACAGGACCCUCCUUUUAUCCGGCUGGAUGAAAGCUACACUCUUAGGGGUUUAUUUUAAAUCCUAAAAUUUGUGAAGAAGCCACUGAUGUCAGGCUGAAAUUAGGGGGAAAAUGAGGGUGAAAAGAUGCAGAAGACAACAAAGACGUUAUCUCUUUUUUUUUUUCUUCUUUUUUUUAGUGUGUUAAGAGAAAAUUAUUUUGAUUCGAUUUAUUUUGGAUUGGACAAACGACAUAAUCCAAAGGAUAGCAUGUUAAAGUGUAAACACUUAUUUCCAACAUGGUCCUUGGUGUUAAAACAUGCAACACAUAACGAAGACCUAUUUCAC